AUGCAAAAUUAUGACCUAUCUUUUUUAUUGUCUAACAAAUCUGAUGCAACUGCAGCUAAUUCUUCUCCUGCACUCUCUCUAUCGGUGCAUAUUCACUGUUCACCACAGUCUACUUCUACAACGGUUCAAACUAAGCAAACUUCAACCAUCAUCGAUCCAGAUGUGUCCACACCAAAUACUCCUUCAACACCGAUGACACCAUCAUCUCCCAUCGUAGGUACACCAACUUAUGCAUACAGUUCACCAACUCCUCCACCUGUCGAUGCACCAUCAACGAAUCUAAUUGAUCAGGGUACCACAGUUGUCUCUACUCCUGGUGUUACCACCAAAAUUCGUGUUGUACAAGUUUUUCCUUGCAAAUUCACUGAUGACACUGUCUGGUAUGAUCCAACAAAGCGUUCCUUCACCGCUGCAACUAUACAGUCAUAUCGCUUGGCUUUAUCUGAUCCAGCUUGGCGAAUAGCCAUGGAGUCCGAAUUUGUUGCACUUCAACAAAACAAUACAUGGGUUCUCGUACCACGUCCCGCUGGAAUUGAAGUACUUCACAAUUCAGGGGGAAUCACGUUAAUGCAACACAAGUAUGCCACUGAUUUGUUACAAAGAGCUAACAUGCAGAAUUGUAAAAGCAUUUCAACUCCCAUGUCAGUAACAUAUAAGCUUGCUCUCAACCUUGGCACGUCUCUCAAUGAUGAAUAUACCUUUAAAUAUAGAAGUGUGUUUGGUGGCUUACAAUAUCUUGCAUUAACAAGGCCUGAUAUUGCUUUUCCUGUCAAUAAGGUGUGUCAAUAUCUUUCUAAACCCACUAAUGUUCAUUGGGAGGCGGUAAAGCGAAUCGUACGAUUUGUCAAAGGCACAAUAACUACCAGGCUCAGAAUUCGAAAGUCACCCCCUACAUCGUUGAGUGUGUUCACUAAUGUAGAUUGGGCAUGGUAUCUAGAUUAUCGAAGGUCCACCGGAGGUUUUGUAGUAUUUCUAGGACCUAAUUUGGUCUCAUGGAGUUCACGGAAGCAACCCAUUGUGUCUAGGUCAAGCACGGAAUCCGAGUAUAAAGUUUUAGCAAAUGGUAUAGCAGAAGCUACUUGGAUAUAG